CUCAAGUGAGCCUCAGUUGGCGCGCGGCAUUCAAGUGAGACGGCUCGCGCUCACUUGAGAAACUUCACGGGCUUCACCAGGUCUUUUAUCCCCCCAAAAUCGGCCCUCGAUAUAAUUGUUAAUUAACCAAAGUGGUCGCGAGGUGAAUUUCCAAGGUGACGACAACAUACAAAUUUUUGUUUCACGGAAAAACAAAUAAAUCGCGUGAAAAUUGGGGGAAAAAUUUAUUGAGAAUUUGAUCGAUUGGAAAAAUUGACUUUCCACCCUUAAUUAUCGGGUUUAGUGAAUUAACUGAAAUUAUUGGGACCUGGGGAAUCGAUUGGACAGUGAUGUGAGCGGUGAGAUGCACCGAUGAGGGUCGAAAAACAACAAAUACGCGCGACCUUGGGGAUAGCUGGACAUUAACAAAUAUCGAUACCCCGGAGAUUGUCAUGCGGGAGAGUGAACGGAUAAUAAGGGGUGGAGACGAGGGACCAGAAAUAAUGGAGUAACGGAGGACGCCGGUACAGGGCCACCCUUGGCUUUCGGAGGACGAUUGAAGGGGAGAAAAAGAAACGCAGAAGUUGAUAAAUAAGGAGACAAUUUUUUUAGCGGCUGGAUACGAAGAUGGAGAAGCUCGGGGAGGUGCCAAAACGAGAUUGGGGCCAUCGGCUGAGUUUGCGGGGAAGCCGAAGGAGUCAUCAGGGAGAACUCGGCGGUGCGCGGACGACGACCGGAGGAUCGGUGAGGAGCACCCGACGAUGGGCCAGCCUUCGCCAGCAUGUGACCAGCGGUGACAAGGCAAGGCCUACAAUCGAGCUACUGCUGGAUCGCGAAAUUAAUUCGAGGGCCCCGACACCCAGCACUGGGCCCCAUUCCCCGAAUACACCACGGACACCUCACACACCGGUUAAAAAAUCGAAUUGGGAGGUGAUUGAACACUUCACGGGGGGGCCUAGACCGUCUAUAGUCACGAUGGGGGUUGGAUCGGAGAUUGGUGUGAGUCUGGCCACGACAGGUCGAGAUCCACUGGCUGAAUGUGGUCUGAAUCCUGGCCUCACGGACAGUGGAAGAACCUGCGCCCUGAGCCGCUUUCUCAGCGCCCUUUGUUCAUCCCACAGGUUCAAGAAUCUCCAGGUGGAGAUGCUUUAUCAGCGUUACUUCUUGAGGAUGAAUCAGAGCAACAUGACACACGUACUGGGUCUCCUGACUGGCUUGACGAUUGCCCUUGGCCUCCUGGUGCUCCGGCUCGUGGUGAACAGUGAUCUGUCUUUCAUCGGGUUACUGCGUAGAUCGGAAAAUCUGUUCUUGUCACUCACGUUGUUCGCUUGCAUCGCCAUCUAUGCAGUUUUAGUAGCGGCGAUAUCACGGCCAGGGAUGAAUGAGGUUUGGUUGGCUGGUGUGAGUGGUGCAGUUUUGGUGACCUUACUCGGACUGCAGAUAGCCCUGAAUAUUCAUCUGGCGUAUCUCCCGGCUUUUGAAGGGGAAGAGAUGGAUAUCCUCGACGACAGCGAAAGGCCCAGGGACUCCGAUGCAUUUACCAGCACAGUGCCGACAGUGAGAUUGGAUCAUCUGCGUACUGGUGGUCCCUUGGCAGCAGCAUGGGCUGUAUGUUUCUUCAUUUAUAUGGCAUAUGCCCUGUUACCCAUACGACUGAGAUAUGCAUGUAUCGCUGGUGUUGCAUUUUCAACGGCGCAUCUCAUCGGAGCUCUUCUACUGUACUCGCAGGAUUAUCCAGCGAUUUUGGCACAUUUAUUGAGCUCGAUUGUUGUCGUGGGUGGUACGAACGUGGCUGGUGCAUUAACGCAUCAUCCCCGGGAGUUGGCUCAGAGACAGGCUUUCCUGGAAACACGUCAAUGCGUCGAAGCCCGGCUGACCACCCAGCGAGAAAAUCAACAACAGGAGCGAUUGCUGUUGAGUGUAUUGCCGAGGCACGUUGCGAUGGAAAUGAAGGCGGAUAUUGCCGGAAAACCGAAGGACACAAUGUUUCAUAAAAUCUACAUUCAAAGGCAUGAGAACGUCAGCAUUCUGUUUGCGGAUAUAUGUGGCUUCACGUCACUAUCCGAUCAAUGCACCGCUGAGGAACUCGUGCGGCUGCUCAAUGAACUCUUUGCGAGAUUUGAUCGUCUCGCAUCGGAGCACUACUGUUUGAGGAUCAAACUCCUGGGGGAUUGUUAUUACUGCGUAUCAGGCCUCCCCGAGGCUAGACCGGAUCACGCCCACUGUUGCGUCGAAAUGGGACUAGACAUGAUUGAUGCUAUCACCCUUGUCCGAGAAGUAAUGGCUGUCAACGUUAACAUGAGAGUUGGCAUCCACACUGGACGAGUUCAUUGUGGCGUUCUAGGUCUUCGUAAAUGGCAGUUUGAUGUAUGGAGUAAUGACGUGACUCUGGCAAAUUACAUGGAAAGCGGUGGUAUCCCUGGGCGUGUUCACAUAACGAAAGAAACACUGGACUGCCUCGGUGGUGAUUACGAAGUGGAAGAGGGUCACGGUGGUGAGCGAAACACCUACCUCAAGGACCACAACAUCCAGACAUACUUAAUAGUCCCUGGUGAUACCUUCAAGGACAACGUGACAAGUCCCAACAUAAAAAAACCCUAUCCAGCGAACGGCAACAUCUCCAAGGAAAUGAGAAUGAUGGGUCACGGUUCCCAGCAUGGUAAGCAGGUGAAGCUUGGCUUUGGUGAAACCAUUGAGAGUGAAAAGGAUCCCGAUGAUGAAGUGAACGAGUACCUGAUGAGGGCCAUUGAUGCACGCAGCAUAGACAGACUCCGUGCUGAACACUGCACUCCAUUUCUCCUGACAUUCAGACGUCCGGAUAUCGAGGAAAAAUAUUCCAGGGAACGUGAUCGUAUGCUAUCAGCCUACUUCGUAUGCUCAGGUUUCGUGUACAUUGUUGUUGUUGUUGCUAUAGCAAUCACCCUGUCCGGGAGUAUUUACUUCUACACCUGCACUGGCAUCAGCCUCUUCAUCAUAACUCUCAUAAACAUCAUCUUACUGGCGGAGAAAAAUGAGAGAGUACCGCAGUGCAUGAGAAGUGCAGCAAUUGCUGUAUUUGAGAAUCGAAUGGUGGCCCAGAGUAUCGCCACGAUUGUCGUCUUCCUCACAUUCAUAACUGCUCUAUCCCCCUUGGUGACCCUUGACAACAACGAUAUCUGUCGGAACAGCACAUUCCCAACUUCCUCCCAUGAAAAUUCUUCAGUUGUGGUACAAAGUAUUCCAAUAUCACCAGGACCCUGUUACUACACAUUAUUCACUGACUUAUUUCCAGUGCUGGUGAUGCUCGUGAUGAUAACGUGUGCUGUGUAUCAGAUACUCACAUCAGUUUUCAAAGUGGCUGUAUUGAGUAUUGUAGUUGCUUGUUAUCUGUCCGUGAGUAUCUAUCAAGCAAUCAAUGAGGAUAACAUCGAUCAGACUGGUAGAUGGCUAGCUGGUGUACUGGUGACCUUUUUCAUGGCUUUUCUCGUUGCUCACUCGCAACACACUGAGGCAACUUAUCGUCUUGAUUUUCUGUGGAAACUUCAAGCUACGGAGGAGAAGGAGGAGAUGGAGCAUCUCAAAGCCUACAACCAGAAACUACUCGCUAAUAUUUUGCCUGAGCAUGUAGCAACACAUUUUCUCUCUACCUUCAACACUGACGAACUCUAUCACGAGCAGUGUGACUUUGUCUGCAUAAUGUUUGCGUCCAUUCCAAACUUUUCGGAAUUCUAUGUUGAGCUUGAGGCCAAUAACGAAGGAGUUGAGUGCUUGAGGCUGUUGAAUGAAAUCAUUGCGGACUUCGAUGAAUUACUUGCUGAAGAGCGAUUCAAGUACAUUGAAAAGAUCAAAAGCACUGGCUCAACAUACAUGGCAGCAUCAGGCCUCACUAAGAACACUCGCGACACCAAAGACUUCAAACAUGUCACAGCAAUGGCUGAUUAUGCUCUACGUAUACGCGAUCAAUUGGCCUACGUGAAUGAACACAGUUUCAAUAACUUCAAGAUGAGAGUUGGAAUAAAUAUUGGACCUGUAGUUGCUGGUGUGAUUGGUGCACGUAAACCGCAGUAUGAUAUUUGGGGUAAUGCUGUCAAUGUUGCAUCGAGAAUGGAUUCAACGGGUGUACUUGACGGCAUUCAGUGGCAGACAAAUGCCCGACAGCACGCGUUCUAUGGUGUCAAUCCUAUCGUGGACUUCUUCGACAAGCGUCACAUUGCGGAAACGAUUUAUACGUUGACCAGGAAGCGACCGAGAUUUGCGAGGCUUCAUCUGUGGUUCCUCUUUCUGGCGAUGGGUCUCUACACUUUCCAGAGGGAUGAGAAACCCAUGAGUUAUCUGUAUACCCAGCGAUUUUUCAAUUGGGAUGUCCAGGACUUCAGCAGCUUCAGGACAUUCCAGUCGACUCUCUUCGUUGUCGCUAUGCUGAUUGGUGCUCCAUUUUUGAGUAAAAUGGGUCUGUGUGACAUGCACAUAGUUGUCAUCGGAGCUUUAUCCCAUGCUGGUGGAAGAAUUCUUUUUGCAUCCGCAAAAGUGGCUAAUGAAUUCUACGCAGGGGCUAUGGUGGCCGCCCUGGGACCCGUCGUCGCACCUGUUCUCCGUUCGAUAACCUCGAAGAUGGUCCCCGGUGGGGAAAGAGGAAAAGUUUUUGCUGUUCUUUCCGUGUGUGAUAAUGCGGUUCCCAUAUUCAGUGGUGUUUUAUACUCUCAACUAUACACUGUCGCGUACUACUCAGUCCCCAAUGCCAUUUAUUGGCUCACCUUCGGCACGCAACUCGCCGUUAUGGUUUUAAUAAUCAUUAUCCACGUAUCUCCUGGAGUUAGUGAUCAGGAUAUUGAAGAUUAUGAAGCUGCUAAUUGGUCGAGUACUCAUCAAGACCCCACCCUACCCAUCGAUGAAAAUAGACAUUAGAAAAUUAUUUUAUAUAUUUUACAAUGGUUGAAUUGAAUUUAUUUUAAGACAUUUCCAAGAUCUGACAAGUUCUAUUGUUUUGUCGAAUUGUUAUCGAUUAGGAAAUCAUCAGAUGUAAAUAUUAUUACUCGUACUUUAUCGUUUAGAAAAUUCUUAAGAUAGCUUAAACAUGUUCUAUUGUCUUAUCGACUCUUGUCGAAUUGUUAUCGAUCAGGGAAUCAUUAGAUGUAAAUAUUAUUACUCAUAGUUUAUGGUUUCCAAAUGUAAGAAUAUAUUACCCCUAAAAAAAAUGACUUAUCAAUUUUGUACGAUUGUACAGACAUUUCUUAAAAUUUUUAAGAUAAUGUCGAUGCGUUCCAGUACAUUUUUGUAUUGCGUAGAAAAUUUUAAAACGUCCACCGGUCAAUUGAAUGUCGUGAAUGUGGACCAUCGGUAGAGAGACCCCGAAGGCCACCUUUUAAUCACAUGACUUUUCAAUUCGAGCAUGAUCUCUCUUCAAUCUCAAGAUCAGACCGACUGAUCAUUUAAUAUCCGACUCCUCUCUCGAUACUGUGAAUUUUAUGAAUAAUGUUGGUGUCAUAUCGACGACUCCACGUUGUGAUCGUCAAGGGCGAUAGGCCCUACGAUUUUAAUCGAUUGCAUCACAUGCGCUCAUAAAUAUUGUUUUAAUUUUAGAUUUUAGAGGUUUUAAGUAAUAUUUUUUGAAUUUUUCAUGGGCAAAUAGGGGAAAUACUCUACGAUAUUUGUCCUCAUUAAAUAAAUUAUAAAAGAACGUCAUAUUUUUUGGCCAAUAAAAUGAAAAAUUUCUCUCUCACCCAGAGGUAAAAUUAAACAAUCGUUAAAUGAACCACUGCUCUCGACGGUUAAUUUUCUACCACAAAAAUAUAAUUGCGUGUACCAUUAUCCAUCGUAGAACACGUCCCCAUUACAGUUUAUGCUGCCGUGUUUCCAUACAAGCAAUUACAAAAGACAGAGUUCUCUCCGAAAGGCGAAAUUGACGAAAUUUGUUUCGAAUCCACAGAGAGAAAAAUCCAAUAAAAACAACCACAAAAAAAAACGUAAAAUUUACGUUUCGAAAUAUACUACCCGAGCCAACUAAAUUAUACGGAAAUCGUACAAAUCGCCCGCAGAAUUCCCCGACUCGGCCCCGACUGAUGUGAAUACAACAAAUAAAGAUUUAUUAAUCUCAAUCAAUCGUCAGUCGCCUGCAGUUCGAACCCAACAAUUUCCCCCAGAAAUAAAAAUCCUCUGAAUUACACAACAUUUCCCUAACAAUCCUUCCCGGUUUUUCCAUUCCUCCCCAGCAUCGUCGAGAUGGCGAUAAAAAAUAAUUACGCAAUUACACAGAAUCCUCCAGAUCAGCAGAAUAAUCGGCUCGCGGAUGUCGCGGAUCUCACGAAAAUAUUCACUCGCCCAAUGCCCCCCAUCAGAUUUGAUAUUCGCGUCACGUUGUUACAAGCGUGUCAAGGCCCAUUGGCUAAUUAUUGUUGACGAUUCGCAUUGAGCCAGGAAUUAUUUUAACAAUCACGAAGGAAUAAAAAAUAUUACCGUAAAUUCCCUGAGCCAGACAACGAAAGGUAAUGGAUGAAAACAAUAACACACUUCCCUGAGUGUCUCCUUACACAGAUACAAUGAAUACCGAUCACUUUCCAUGCUUUCACGUAUAUAGACCGGGACUUCCGUAUAUUCACUGGUGAAAAGUAAAAGUUAAACCGGUCGGUUCAAUUUACUGACAUAUCUUCACUCCUUCACGCAUUCAUUUUUAUCUCACUCCCCUGCGAUUUCCUGGGAAGUGGUAAUUACUGUCAACAACGAGGAUAAUAUACCGGUUAUGGUGUCGUGAUGAAGGAUGUGGUGAUAGGAAUCGAUUCGCAGAAAUAAGACAGACAUAUGGUAAUGACCCAAAUAAAUAAACGUCGGCUAGGAUUUUAUGGAGUAUAAAAAUACCGGAACUUAAUUCAGCGUUUCAGUCAUCAAUUUCUAGUGGAAGAAGAUCAUUCGCUCGAUUAAAAUCAUGAUUUUCUGGAAAUUUCUCUUCCUGUUGGCGACAGUUCUGGGGACAGUGAUAGGUCUACCAGCAGAUAAUUCACCUCGUGGUGGUGCUAUAACGGUGUAUCCGAUUCCCCAGAGGCCCUUCUACGCAGGCAGUGGCUCCAUUUAUCCAAAACCUGCGCCCACUCAAGCGAAUAACCGAGGAUAAUCACACGAGAGAAAAAUUUUCCGAUUCCAGACAUUUGUCGCGAAAAAAAACCAUUGGACCUGGACAAUUGUUCGAGCAAUUCAAGGUCACGAUAGAACACUUUCUUCCUUAUGAAAUGUAAUUUACGUUUACUGUCAUUUGUCGGCUGAAAUCAGGGACUCAGAUAAGUCAAUGGAAGUGGGGACUUGGGGAGUCAUAUUACUGGUUAAUAACACUCGUCACGUAUUCGCCUUACACGUAAGAUCACGCAAGAAUGAAGGAGUCAUGACAAUUCAGGCUGACAAAUUCAUUUUUUCUCGGAUCCAAUGCCUCGUGGGAUCUUCGUCCUGACAUUGGAUUUAAUUAAAUUUUUUUUCAAUUAAUUCGGAGUAAUUUGCAUAGUGGCACUAGUCAAGGGGGAAAUCUGUAUUAUUUUUAAAUAGCACAGCCCCUCUGGUAUUUUUAUUUUUGGUGACUGGUAUGAAUUUUCUGUCUGUCAAUGGACAAAUAAAUAAAGUAAUUGCAAGUAAAGUGUCAGA